AUGUGCUAUUUGUGGCUCAUAUUUUUUGUACAAGAGUUGGCUGAAAAGACAUCUCAUAUGGACCCAUCGGUGAGUUGUGAUCGUUGCAAGAAAGUUUUCACAAGAGGUGACUCCUUAAAAAGACACAUAAAAUCGAUGCACGAAACAGUUUCUUACACCUGUAAAAUCUGUUCAAAGUCUUUUAACACAACUUCCAAUUUGAAACGGCAUGAAAAUACCCAAUAUGGUAGCAAGACCAAAUUGACUUGUGAAAAAUGCRGGAAAACAUUUACAAAUAAGCAGAAUUUAUCUUAUCACGAUAAUAUAAAACAUACAGGGGUCAAACCAUAUAAAUGUGACACGUGCAAUGAAGAGUUUGGAUCACCAUGCUACCUGAAAAGACAUGUGAAUAAUGAGCAUURAUAA